AUGUCAUCAGACGACGAAUACGAAGAAUCUUACGAGGAGGAGCGAGAAGAAGAACGAUCAGAAGCAUCUGAGAGUUCAAGCUCCGAUACAGCAUCUGACGAAGAUCAAGGAUCAUCCCACUCUGGGUCCGAGUCAGGUUCAGCCUCAGGCUCGGGAGAAGAAGAAUAUAGAGAAGCGUAUGAGGACGAAAAAUCAGCAGGAGGAGUAACUGCUGGAGGAUAUAGGUAUGGUGGUGGUAGUCAUCGAUCCCAUUCAGAAUCUGGAGACAAAGAGAAAAAGGAGAAGAUCGUUAAAGGUGUGAGCUCUAUAUUUAAGAAGCUCAAAGAGACUAGAGAGGAGGAUAAGAACAAAGAGGAUAACGAUGAGAGGUCUGCUGGAGAACACUAUACCUCGGGUGGCGAGUACCAAGCGACUGGUGUCGAAGGUUCUUUUGGAGCUAUGAACCUCAAUGAACCUGGACAAGGUGAAUACCCCUAUGGAGGAGCUGAACAUUACGGAGGAUAUGAUCAACAACCGCAACAAUAUGGUUACGGUGCACCUCAACAACAAUUUGGGGGAUACGACCGGAACUAUAACCAAGCUUAUCCAGGUGCUGAAUAUCGACAAGGUGCCGACCAAUACAGCCAUGUUCCACCUCCUGGUCCUCCUCCUCAGAACUACUAUCCAACUGGAGCGGGAUAUGUCCCUCAACAUGAAUAUCAAGCACCCCAACCACCUUAUGGCAAUCAAUACAGAGGUCCAGACGAUGGUCAACCGCAUCAACAACACUAUGGACCUACUUUCACUGAUCCUCAGACUGGAGAGGUCGCUCAGGCGUUCUUCGAGUAUUCGAGAUGUAAUGGUACCAGAAAGGCAUUACUUAUCGGUAUCAACUACUUUGGUACUUCUGGAGAAUUGGCAGGAUGUAUCAACGACGCUCAUAACGUUCAGAAGUUCAUUUGCGAGCGAUUCGGCUACAGACCUGCUGAUAUCGUCAUGCUCACUGACGAUACGAACGAUCCAAGGACUCUACCUACAAGAGAAAAUAUCAUCAAGGGAAUGAGAUGGUUGGUCGAAGGUGCACAAAGGGAUGAUGCGCUGUUCUUGCAUUACUCCGGACAUGGUACUCAGACAGAAGAUCUCGACGGUGAUGAAGGUGAUGACGAUGAUGAGGCUAUCUGUCCACUCGAUUAUGAGACCGCCGGUUUGAUCGUUGAUGACGACAGUGAGCUGCCCACCUCUCAUUUCUCUUUUCAUAGAUCCCACGAACUCGUCGUCAAACCUCUUCCUGCUGGAUGUAGACUCACCGCGAUCUUCGACUCCUGCCACUCUGGAACAGUAAUGGACCUACCAUAUGUUUACUCCACCGAAGGUACGAUCAAAGAACCUGACCUCCUAUCCGAAGCGAAAGAAGGAUUACUCGGUGCAGGAAUGGACAUCCUCCGAGGUGAUGCAGGAGGGAUCAUGGCGAAUCUUUUUGGAGCUGCCAAAGAUGUAUUUGACGCGAAGAGAUCUCACGAGAAGACUAAGAAGACUAGGACUAGUCCUGCGGAUGUGAUUCAGUGGGCUGGAUGCAAAGACAAUCAAACGAGUGCAGAUACUCAAGAAGAAGGUAAAGCGACAGGAGCGAUGUCCUAUGCUUUCAUCGCUGCGUUGACCAAAUACCCCAAUCAAAGUUAUCAACAACUCCUGACUAGUAUCAGGGAAGAAAUGAAAGGUAGAUAUACCCAGAAACCACAAUUAUCAGCUUGUCAUCCUAUCGAUACGGAACUACAAUUUGUAGCUUGA